CGCAGAUCCUUAGCCACAGAGCCACUGCGAAAGUAAAAUGUAGAAGGAUAGACAUGGAAUCAGUAGAGAAUGAAAAGCAGUAAGUUCACACAGUCUGUGGUUGAGUGCCAAAUGCCAAAUUCUGCCACCAAAAAACAUGACUGAGCUUCAGCGACAGUAUUCUGGGCAGAGCGAGAGUGAAGAUGAACAGGUUUCCUGCCUGCUUCUGUCUGCCGGUGACUCUGCUCAUCAGAAGAUCAUGGUGACCUCACCUCUGGCCAGCAGGAAGUGAACCAAGAUGACCUUGAGCAUUCCGCUGUCCGAAUCAGACGCCAUGGCUCCCCAGUGCUCCUCCUGCCCCUGGCUGUGGUCCCGGGCCUGUGCCUACACCGUGGUCUUGGGCGCUGGUUUUGUUACCCUGGGCACGAGCCGUAUCCUCCUGCUGAAAUUGUCUGCCAACGCAGAAGACAAGUACGACUACCUCCCUGCGUCUGUCAAUCUGUGCGCCGAGGGGGUCAAGCUGGUCUUCUGCCUGGGGAUGGCGCUGCGCGUCAUGAUUCGGGAGGGUCAUUCGUACAAAGACUGGGGCUGCUCCUCCUGUGGAGAUUUCCUUUAUUUCAUGAAGUGGUCAGUGCCCGCAUUCCUCUACUUCAUUGACAACCUCGUCAUCUUCUAUGUGUUGUCCUAUCUCCAGCCUGCCAUGGCAGUGUUAUUUUCCAACUUCGUCAUCAUAACUACAGCUGUCCUAUUCCGGCUUGUACUUAAGAGGCGUUCGUCCUGGACGCAGUGGGCGUCUCUCGUCAUCCUCUUCCUGUCCAUCGUGGCCCUGACGAGAGCGACCGGGGGAAGCCAGCACGGCGCGGCGGUGCACGGGCUGCACCCCAGCCACCUCUCCUCGCCUUCCAACAGCUGCUCGCACCUGGUGCAGCAGGAGGCGGAGCGCCAGAACUCCUCCACCUGGGUGGGGGUGUUUCCCAGCAUGCCUUGGGAUGGGGAGGUGAUCAGGAAGCUGAACAGCUUCGGCCUGGGUUACGUCCUGCUCCUCCUGCAGUGCUUCGUGUCCUCCUUGGCCAACAUCUACAAUGAGAAGAUCCUGAAGGAAGGGGACCAGAUCACGGAAAGCAUCUUUGUGCAGAACAGCAAGCUAUACGUGUUUGGGGUAGUGUUCAACAGCCUGACGUUGGUCCUGCAUUCGGAAUAUCGCUCCCGCACGCUGCACUGCGGCUUCUUCCAUGGCCACAACGCCUACUCCCUGGCCCUCAUCUUCGUCACGGCCGCCCUGGGGCUGUCGGUGGCCUUCAUCCUCAAGUUCCGGGACAACAUGUUCCACGUGCUCACGGGCCAGAUCACGACCGUGCUCGUCACCGCCUUCUCGCUCUUCGAGCUGGACUUCCGGCCUUCUCCAGAUUUCUUCCUGCAGGCCCCUGUGGUGCUGCUGGCCAUCUUCAUCUACAAUGCCAGCAGGACCCGCGACCCCGACUGCACCUUGCAGCAGGAGAAGCUCAGGGUCGUCAAUGGGGAGAUCUUCGAGAGGUCCAGAGGGGAUGGUGAAGAACUGGAGAGGUUAACCAAACCAAACACAGACAGUGAGUCCGAAGAAGAGUCUUUCUGAGAUUCCCAAGAGAAAUACAUCCUCUUCUGGCAGGCAAAACAUUUGUCGUCCUGUUGUUGCAUGGGACAUAACAAGAACACAUAAUAAUAAAUGCUUGUCAAAGAAACGUCUCUGUGAAGCCAGUAUUGUGGUAGAAUUGAAAAAUUCCAAUGUGAAAAAUAAACUCAGGAUUUUAUAGAUUGUGGACGUCUGAUCUGAAGUAUCCCUCAUUAAUAAAAUAAUGACAUACAGUAGCAUUAGGAUUAGAAUGGGACUAAAAGCAUAAUAGUAUAUUUGUAUACAGGUAUGUACUAUACUUACUGUAUAUACAUUGUAUAUGUACUGGAAAUAUAUAAAGGUAUUCAUACAGUACAUAAGUGUUUUGGAUAUGCUUUUAGAGGAAGAAAGCAAGGGUUUUACAAUACUGUUGUUUAUGUUGGAAGUGACAGAGCAUUUGACGCUGCUGGAAAUAUUGAAAAUAUGGAAUUUAAAUUUUCCGUAGGUGCUGUGCACGUGAGCCUAUAGAAGGUCUGAAUCAGCUGGACUGUUGACAUCCACUUUGUAUCUAUGCAGAAUUGCAGGGAUUCUUUGCUAAAAUUCCCGAUCUCUUUCUUUACAAAUCACAAAGCACCCAAAAUUCUGUAUUUGCCAGUUUUUCACUAAGUGCUAUCUGAACUGUGGUUGCUUGAAAGCACAAAAAACUUGAAGUGGGCUUUGUUUUGUUUUUUAUUUGGUUGCUUGAGUGAGGAUUACUAAGUCUCCAAACAGUAACAUUGAAAAAGAAUGCAAAUAAUUCAGGGAGCUGACACUAGUUACAGUAACUAAAAGUACAGUAUCAUGUAAGGAAAUGUAACUGAGGAACUUAGUUGUUAUGGUGCAGCAGUGGUUAGGAUUCGGUGCUUUCAACUGUACAGCCGGGGUUUGGUUCCCAAACUCUGGGUGAAUGUGUAAGUGCAUUUAAAACCACAAACAGGAUGCACGUCUUUACACAAGGAGCUGUGGGAGUAUGCAACAAGCUAUACUGCCGUCUUAUCAAAGUUGAUAAACCUGGCGUCUGUUAAGGAACAGUUGGAUGAGAUCCAAAUGGCCCCCUCUAGUUUGUAACCAUUUUCUGUUCUAUGUUUUUUUAACCAACUGCAUUUGUUGUGAAAUAAGAGAGAAAGCCAGAAGAGGCUGUUGCCACGCUUCACAGUGUACAAACAGAGCUGCCUUUAUGGAGAGGAAACGAAAGGAGAGGUGCUUCUGUGGAGGUCUUUCUGUGAAUUUCAGGGCCAAGCCUCUGGAGUAAUUUUUCCUGCUGAUCCCCUGGUGAUCUGAAAUAUUUAUUAGGGAAAAAGCUAUUUCUAAUUGUAAUUUUUAAUGUUUUGUUGGUGUGAACUAGGUUAUGUUUUUUAUUAAAGAACUCAAGUUUCAUUCAGUGCUGCUUAUGCUGAAUAUGUCAUAUGUACAUUACAGUAUAUCUAAUUAUAAGUGCUUUAUUAGGCAUAUAGAGAAACAAUGCUUGUUACUUAUACAGCCACAAGAAUGUCCUGUUUCCCUCAAAAUUAGCUUUAUUUGUUAAAUUAGUUCCCUUGUGUUUAUUUUCCUGGAGCAAAUAACAUUGCUAAUUGGUUAAAUUGCUAAAUGUUUUUACAUUUUUUAUUAAAUGUGUCGUCACUAGCUAUAUUCAAAGUUUUGGAAUGAAUGCAACUGUGAAAAGAAAAGCAAUGAAAAUUCAGGCUCAUUAAAAUAAACAGCUUUAACUCUUGGUUAUCUGAAAAGUGUGAAUUUGACAUUACAGUUGAUCAUAUCUUCUUUCCAGAUCAAAAUAAGCUUUUCAAAAUGCCUACCAAGUCUUUGAGGGGGUGACUUGUGAUUCUGCAAUUCAUGCAGAACAGUGGUACUAUUAAAUAAAAAAGUCCCUAAUGACUCUUGAUUUAUCAAGUGGCUUGUUUUCCUUUUACAAAUUCAAUGGCAAAGACGCACCCAACUUAAUUUACUUCUGUAGCAGAGUGAAAAUGGCCAACAAAAGUGAUAGUGAUAGUUUUGGCCACUCUGUCUUCUAGUUUUCAUUAUAGCCUGGACUCUUUUUGGCUUGAUUGGAAUCAACUGUUUUUUUUAAUCGGUCUAUAUUACCACAAUUCACUUUUUAUACCAAUUUGUUUUUGGAAAAAAAUCAGCUGCUAACCUUACUCUUUGAGGAUUCUAGAUUACAAAGAAUUUCAGGUGGACAAUGGCCCUCCAGGCCCAGGAGAAAAUACUACUCACCAGAGGCAGUUUAGGGUGGGGGUUUUGGCAUUGGGCCAUAGUUUAGGAUACAUGUGACUUUGUAUACAGUCUGCCCCUCGCAGACCUUUGGAGAAUGAAGCCCUGUUCUUAAUGAUUGCUGAAAUUGAUUGCUGCGCACAAAAAUGAAUGGUCCUCAUUUGUUAUGACCUCCGUAGUGAACUGUUGUUGGCCAAAUGCCAUUUAUAUCUGGUGCUAGCAACCAAAAAGGCACAAUGCUCAUGAUAUGGGCUUCACACCAGAAACCCAGAAGGGCUACAGUCUUGUAAUGUCCAGAACACUUUAAUUGUUAGCAUUCUGGGUAGGCUGAAUUGUCCUAAUAACUAUAAUGGUGUCAAAAUAACAUGUUUAAAUUUAAGCACUGCAAAUAUCUGGUGUUAAAAAAAGUUCAUGUAACUUUUGAGGUAAUGUGAUUUGAAGGAUAGGAUACAUGUUAUUCAGAAAGCAUUGUUACAUUGUACAAGGAAAAGGCAUCAAUGUUCACGAGCAUUUAAUUUGCAAUUUGAGAUAUCUGAUUUUUGUGUCAGCAUGAAGGCUUUAUUUAUUUUCUGUAUAUAAAUAAGAACAUGUGACAGAAACCUGUCCAGUGACACAACUGUUCAUAAAGUCCAAUCAUAAUAUACCAUUACAAAAGAAGCCAACAUCCAAUAAAUACAAAUGUAACAUUAAAAAAGAUGUCUAUACAGUAAAAAGUUUUCUUGAUUAUCUACAAUGUCCUUAUCUGGAAAAUUAACCCCAUUUUCUUUUGUCAACCUCUGAAUAAAAUCCUCCCAACA